UCAGCUGCUCGGCGGUGCCGGGCUGCCAGCUGUGGAGGUGGGCCCCAGGGUGCGAGCGGGGAGGGGGGGGUGGGGGCUUGAGGAGCCGCGAGAGGCUAAUCUGACGGCUGUCGCGACCCAGGCUGCUCGCGACCUGCCCCCACCUGACAGGCUGAGUCCCUCUCCCCUGUCCCCCAUGGAGGCAGAGGUGGCCGAAGUUCCCCCGGGUGGGGCGGAGGCCGAAGCCGGGCUCAGCUGUUUCUCCUUCAACCAGGACCGCACAUCCCUAGCAAUUGGAACCAAAACUGGGUAUAGGUUAUUUUCUUUGAGUUCUGUGGAACAACUGGACCAAGUCCAUGAAAGCAGUGAAAUACCAGAUGUCUACAUUGUAGAGCGCCUCUUCUCUAGUAGCUUGGUUGUGGUGGUUAGUCACACAAAACCACGGCAAAUGAAUGUGUAUCAUUUCAAAAAGGGUACAGAAAUCUGUAACUACAGCUAUUCUAGCAACAUCCUGUCCAUAAGGCUGAACCGACAGAGGCUGCUGGUGUGCCUGGAGGAAUCCAUUUAUAUUCACAACAUUAAAGAUAUGAAGCUAUUGAAGACUAUUCUGGAUAUACCUGUAAACCCAACAGGUUUGUGUGCCCUAUCUAUUAACCAUUCCAAUUCUUACCUUGCCUACCCUGGAAGCUUGACUACUGGGGAGAUUGUACUUUAUGAUGGAAACACUCUGAAAACAGUCUGCACAAUCCCUGCCCAUGAUGGUCCACUUGCUGCCAUCACCUUCAACUCUGUGGGAUCCAAGCUUGCCAGUGCUUCUGAGAAAGGCACAGUCAUCCGGGUGUUUUCUGUCCCUGAAGGGCAAAAACUCUAUGAGUUUAGGAGAGGAAUGAAGAGGUAUGUGAAUAUCAACUCUCUAGUUUUCAGCAUGGACUCACAGUUCCUCUGUGCAUCCAGCAACACAGAAACAGUGCACAUCUUCAAACUGGACAACCUUACCUCCAGUGGGCCAGAAGAGCCCUCAACCUGGAGUGGUUACAUGGGAAAGAUGUUCAUGGCUGCUACCAACUACCUCCCUUCUCAAGUAUCAGAUAUGAUGAACCAGGAUAGAGCCUUUGCCACUGUGCGUUUGAAUUUCUCUGGUCAGAAGAACAUCUGCACCCUCUCCACUAUUCAGAAGUUGCCAAGGCUGUUAGUCAUAUCAUCUGAUGGACGACUUUACAUCUAUAAUUUGGACCCUCAGGAUGGAGGAGAGUGUAUCUUAAUCAAGACCCACAGCUUGCUUGGCUCAGGAAAGACAGAAGAGAAUAAAGAAAACGACCUCAGGCCUUCAUUACCUCAGUCUUACGCAGCAACCGUAGCCAGACCAGGCAACACAUCUUUGUCCUCAACAGUGCCAGGUUAUUCCGAGGAUGGCGGGGCGCUUCGAGGAGAGGUUAUCCCAGAACAUGAGUUUGCAACGGGACCAGUGUGUCUUGAUGAUGAGAAUGAGUUUCCUCCUAUAAUCUUGUGCCGUGGAAGUCAGAAGGGCAAAACGAAGCAGUCAUGAUGAGAAGCACACCUCAGAAUUCAGCACAUCCCUUUAUCAGGUGGUUUUGGAAAAAAAAAAACCAAGGUGGAAGAAUGGAUUUGAAUUUGUAUGAGACAGACACAGGGUGGUUUGGGUGGAAGAAGUAACCCCAGGUGCUCCACUUUUUUUUAACUACAGUAUAUUCUUAAAUUCUUACCAUAUUUUCCUCAGCCCUGGUUUUUCACUGGGUAAAAUUAUAUUAUAUGCACAUUAUUCAAAAAAUAGCUUAAAAUGACAGUAUAAAAGCUAACUUGACCAUAUUGGUAUGUAAUCAAAAUUUUGUAAAAAAAAAAGGGGGGGGGGCAUCCUUUUAAAGUUUGUGCUGUGUGCAAAUGUAUUUAUAGGGGGAAAUCUCAUUAAAUUGUAUUUCUUUGUACAGUAUAUUGCGUGCACACACACACACACACACACACUAUUUUACCCAGACAAGUAUUUUUACAGUAACUACUAGAGAAAAAAAACAUUUAUUACCUUUUGAGGAGAUCAGUAAUAAAAUCAUGACAAUGCAUUUAUAAAUUGUUCAUUUUUUUAUGGGCUUGGGGAGCAGGAAGAACUGCAGAAACCACGAGACUCUAGUUCUAGCUUCUAAAAACCAUAAAGAAUAUGGAAAUAGGUUUUGUAUAAUCAAUAUCACAUUGCUUGCCUUCUCAAGGGAUGGGAGAGGGGCAAGAAGGAAGGAGAGAAUUUGGAACUCAAACUUUUUUUUAAAAUGUUAAGAAAAAUUUAAUGUAAUUGAGAAAUGUUUAAUGGAAUAAAUAAAAAUAUAUUUAAAAAAAAAUAAAAACCCCAGAGAAUCUUGACCAUU